AUGUCCGUGUUCCAGGUGAAGAAGGAGAAGAAAGGCAAGAAGAAAGCUGCCACCAGCAGUGAUGAGGAGGAUGAUUCCGACUCCAGCACCAAACCCAUUAGGUCAGAGAAGAAGAAAAACCCAGCAUCCCUCUUUCAGACUGGUGGGGACCCCCCAAAAGAGAAAAAAUCCAAAAAGAAAGUUCCUCCUAAAGGAGAUGAGAGCGAGGAGGAGACCCCGGAGACCCUGCAGAAAAACUCCAACAAGAAGGGGAAAGCAAAGAAAUCAAAGAAGCAGCAGAAGGAGGAGAGGCCCCCGUCCCCUGUGAUCGAGGUGGAGAACCUGGAGGAGUUUGUGCUGCAGCCGGCGCCGCAGGGCGUCACCGUCAAGUGCCGGGUGACACGGGACAAGAAGGGCAUGGACAGGGGGCUCUACCCCACCUACUACCUGCACCUGGACAAUGACAAAAAGGUGUUCCUCCUUGCUGGGAGAAAGCGUAAGAAGAGCAAAACCUCCAACUACCUCAUCUCCAUCGACCCCACUGACCUGUCACGGGGUGGAGAGAACUUCAUCGGGAAGCUGAGAUCCAACCUGAUGGGAACGAGGUUCACCGUGUUCGACAACGGCGCCAACCCCGACAGGGCCAACGCCGACUGGUCCAACGUGCGGCAGGAGCUCUCGGCCGUGGUCUACGAAACCAACGUUUUGGGGUUCAAAGGCCCCAGGAAGAUGACUGUCAUCAUCCCUGGCAUGAAUGCUGACUGUGAGAGGGUGCCCAUCCGGCCCCGGAACGAUAACGACGGCCUCCUGAUGCGAUGGCAGAACAGGAACAUGGACAACGUGAUCGAGCUGCACAACAAAGCCCCAGUGUGGAACGAUGAGACCCAGUCCUACGUCCUCAAUUUCCACGGCCGCGUCACCCACGCCUCCGUCAAAAAUUUCCAGAUCGUGCACAGCAGCGACCCUGACUACAUCGUCAUGCAGUUUGGGCGCGUGGCGGAUGACGCCUUCACCAUGGACUACAACUACCCCCUGUGCGCCGUGCAGGCCUUCGCCAUCGCCCUCUCCAGCUUCGACGGGAAGCUGGCCUGCGAGUAG